UCGAAGCAAUAUGGAUUCGAAGAAAUUGACCAUUCAAAGGAAGCACCAAAACCCAAAGUGUCACGGGCUGAUUUUCCUCUUUUCGAUGCGUUGUUCGGUUGAAAAUUUUGCCAAACUUCGGCUUGAUAUUAAAUUCUUCGCCACUAAAUUCUGUGUGAAAACAAAUAACUAAAUUUAAUCCCGAGCUAGCUUUUAUAGUUACACAAGUGCAAUUUCAGCGUAAAUUAGAUAUUUUCCAUUAAACGGAAUACGUCGACAGUUAUGGUACUGACUACGCAAAAGGAGCCGGCGGCCGACGACUGUGGAAGAGGCUGCGGUAAAAAAUACGUUUACAACAUUGACGCCAGGGAGGGCGGCUUCCGACAAGACUUCGGUAACACGAUCCAUUCCAAGUUUGGAGCGGCGAACACCAGUGUGUACCUAGACCAUCGAUACACGCGGCAAUGGGAGCAUUUCCUUGGACGACAAAAGUUCACCAUCCACAACCUGUCGACGCUACAGUUCGGUUCGGCGGCGGACUUGCGCUCCGGCGAGCCGCGCGAGUGGGCCUACACGGAGAGACCCAACGGUGACUACCGCUACUACGAGCGGCGCCAUUUCGGCGGCGUCACCGACAGCUACCUGGACAGCUUCACCAACCUGGACAAGACGGUGUACGGCCGGCUGUGUCCGCCGCCGGCGCCCUGCCAGUCCUGGUGGCUGCCCUUCUCGCAGGUCAACAUACGGUGACCAGCCGCGGGCGGAGGAGAGGGACGGGAAGGGGGAGGGCAGGGGUAGCACGUGACAGGGUGAGUCAGCGGGGUGAACGCGCUGGAAGAUAAGACAUCGUGUUAGGAAAAGGUCACGCCAGUUGACACUCAGCUAAGACACUGUAUUCCAUUGUGGCGACGGUUACCGUCAUUGCGUCAAAGUCGUAUCAUGUCUCAAUUGCCGUCCGAUUAAAAUACUGACGCCUUUGGAUGUCUUACACAAUGCUUCAAAUACCUUGCAUUACUUUACAUUUAAAAAUGGUGAGAUAAUUCUGCAUUCAUCUUGUAACGAUAAAGUGUAACAAUUAAAUAUGUUCAACUGCUACCUACAUGUUAACGUUAGCUUUAUGUGCUAAGGGUUCACUGAUCCUAGAAGUGCCAUUUUUUAUCCUUUUUGUCCAUGUUGGUUGAUAAUGUACCUGCAAUUAUUACUUUUGUAACACUCGGCGUAAUACACAAUGUUCAACACAA